GGACAUGUUGCGUCCUACAUGGCGUUAUUUACCGAUAAUGCUGCGUCCUACUGACUUUGUGCGUCCGGAAUACGGACGCAAGAUUAACCGACCCUCAUUUUUAGCCCAAAGGUCCCUUAUGAUUAUUAGAAUACAUGGGCGAAAAAUUGGCAUGGACGUUAUUCCAUCACUACAAUGCCUUUUAGCGUAUAAUAUAGUUCCGCCAUCGUCCGAUUGAAAUUUGGAGGCCGCUAGUGUUCAGCGUAUAAUUUACCACGUAUACUUUGAGUUCAGUUCACCGAUCUAAUCGAGGCCAUUGAAUAUCGUACUUAAUUUGUAAAGUUUUUAUCAUGUUUUCGUUACAACAAUCUUGCGUCCCUUAAAUAUCCUAAAACGGGCACUAGGUACGGUGUCUGAGGGGCCUAUUCGGGGUGCACGAGGGACGCAUGACGCGCCGCGGGGCGGGCUUCAAGCGCUCGCGUGCCGAAUUUUAUAAACAAACGGAUAAUAUGUAACGGCCGUGACGUAAGGUUGUCACCAAAGUGGAUUAUUUGCAAGUGCAUUAAAAGUGGAUAUUUAUUUGGUCUAUUAUUAUAGUAGGUGAUUAUAAUAAUAUAUGAAUCACAAUGAAAAGAAGUGCAAGGAUUCUUAAAUUAGCAAACCGUAAGUACUUCCGUUUUACUACUUAAAUGAAAAUUAUAACACGAUUUAUCUUAUUAUAGUACCUAGAACAUCUAGCUAGUAAGUACCUAAUUACAUUUGAACAUUUUGUCUGUUUAUAAUAUUAUGAUGAGCUUACUUUGCGUCAAAUUGUCUGUGAGUGAACGCGUGUAGUCUGCAAAAAUGGUUGUUGUGAUUGAUGUGGAUAAUUUUUUUAAAAGAAAUGAUUUUAUACAUUUUUAUAAAGCUAAACUUCAAUGGCCUUGGAAAUCAACGCAUUUUAUUUUGCAAAAUUGGUGCAUACAUUGUGAUACAAGUAUUAAUAUUACUAAUUCAGUAGUUGAACACUUUGUACUACCCAUGAAUUUCGAUGACUUUAAAAGGCUUUAUAACUCUUCUUUCAUGUGGUGUAAAUUUUGCGAAUAUGCCAUUUAUGAUCAUUUUCCAGAAGACGAAUGUUUUUGUAAUAACCAGAAAUAAUCAAAAGGUACAUGCUUCAAUAUUACUUGCCUAACUAUUUUUAUUCUUAUACCGUAAUAUCAUCUUACUUGUAUGCACUCCCGGCUGUUAUCCCAGAAGGGGUAGCCAGAGGUUUUUUUGCGACUUAACACAGUUCUCAGGGCGAGUGCGUUAGCCACUGCGCCUCAGAAGUUUAGGUAUGGUGUUUGUGAGUAUGGAUGGAUGGAUGGAUGCUUGUUACUCUUUCACGCAAAAAUGGCUAAAGGGGUUUGAAUGAAAUUCGGUAUGGAGUUCAUUUACAUCAGACAACGUCAUUACAGUUAGGUAUAUAAAAUCUUUUUAACCCCUGACGCAAAAAAAGGUGUUACAAGUUUGACGUGUUUGAGUUAUGCGUGAGUGCGUGCGUACGUGCGUACCUGAGUGUGUGUCUUACUUUUUAUAGGUUUUCUUUUUGUUUGCUUUUGGGUCGAGGGUAUUUAAUUUUUAUUGUUUUAUAAUAUAUCUGCUUUGUUUUCAGAGAGACAGGAAGAAAAAGAAAACCAUCCAGAAAACUUACAUGAGUCACGAUCAUCUGAUUCAAAAUCUGGUUCAAUAUCUGACAUUUCUGCGACAUGUUCUAAUUACACUCCACCGAGACACGAAACCAGUUCUGAUGAUUCUUUUCGCAAUGAAUUUGUUUCGAACUUCGAUUCAUCGGUCAAGGAGCCUAUUAAUCUUAAUUAUAGCGAAAUUAGUCACAUAAGCGGUUCUCCAUGUAGUGUAUUUGUAGAAAGGAAACUUCUUCAACGGUAUAAAGCCGAUGAACUCGUACCAAAUCAAGGAAUACCUCUCAACGUUAAUAAUUCCUCGUCUAAUGUAUCUUUCAAGCCACCUAAUAACAUAAGUUUAAGUGAAUUUAGUUGUAAAAGCAGUUCUCCUUGCAAUGUAAUUGUAAGUAGGGAACUUCCACAGCCUUACAAUGAAUCAGAACCAAAUGAAGAUAUUAUUUACGAUAUUAAUAGUGAAUCUCAAUUAGAAGAUAAUUCUAAUGAUACUACAACAAUUACUCAAAGGCAAAAACCCAAAAGUUCAACGGUUCGAGAUAAAGAUUAUUGCUUUUACUGUGAGUCAUUUGUAUUAAAUUUUGCUCGUCAUUUACUCCGACACCAUAUUUAUGAAACUGAAGUCCAAAAAAUUAUGUCAAAACCUAAAAAAAGUCUUGAUAGAAAACAAUUAAUUGCAGCACUACGUAAAAAAGGAAACUACCUUGUAAAUUCAAAAGAGGUCACUAAACCGAUGCGAAAAUACAAAUUUACUGAUUAUUUGCCGUGUACAGAGUGUCUGGGAUUCUAUUCUAAAAAGCUAUUGUGGAAACAUAAGAAGAAAUGUAGUGGUAAAUCAGGAAGUAAAAACAUUCAAUCUGAGGCUCAAAAUCUACUAAUACGUCAUCUUAAAAUCGACGAAAAACUUAAGGAAACUGUAUUUCCCCGAAUGCGGGCAGACAAAAUAUCACUUAUUGCAAAAAAAGAUAACCUUAUAUGUGCUUACGGAUCUCAAUAUUUAAAAACUCACCGAGAAAAACAUUUCGUUAACGUAGUGUCUAGAAAAAUGAGAGAGCUUGCAAAAUUAUUACUAGAAUUAAAAAAGCUUGAUCCAUCCAUUAUUGACUUCUUUUCUGCCUUAAGACCAAUUCAUUAUGAUAUCAUUGUGCAAGCAACCAAAAUAUUGGGAAAUUAUGACAUAGAAAAAGAUAGGUAUGAGACACCUACGUUCGCAAUGAAUCUGUCCACGACCUUGAAACAAUGCUGCAAUAUUGCAAUAAUGUGUGCAUUAAAAAAGCAAGGGCCUUACACGGAAGUAGAUACUGGCAAAAUAGAAGCCGACUUAAAAACUUUGAUUCAACUAAUUGAAUCAAAUUGGAAAUAUGAUGUGUCUACACAAGCUGCUACAGAUUUAAACAAGAAAAAGUGGAAUAAGAUAACUAUUGUACCUUUAGCAAAUGAUUUAAAAAUUCUUAAAGAAUACCUAAAUAAAAAAUCCUUUGAUGCUGCUAUAAAAAUUAAAGAAGGCAUAAAAACGACUGAAACAUAUACGCAACUUUUAGAAACUGUGUAUUGUAGGGUUUUAUUAUUAAAUAGGCGGAGGCCUGGAGAACUUCAAAGAAUUACAGUGCACGAUUAUUUAGAAAGCGUCAAUAAUGAUAGUAAUAAGUAUGAAGAGUUUGAUCGUGCGCUUACUGCCUCAGAAAGGAUUCUGGUAAAGAAAUUUAAACGUGUUGUCAUUAGAGGCAAACGUGGCCGCGGAGUACCAGUCUGUUUAAUAAAGAAGUUCAAGAUGAUAUUAAAUUAUUAUUAUCCAUUAGGCACAUUUUUUUUGCUUCGACACCAAAUCAAUUUUUGUUUGGUAAUCCCGGUUAUAACAAUACAAUUUAUGGCUACAAAGUUUUGGAAAAGCAUGCCAAAUUAUCAGGGGCGAAACAGCCUAAAGCAAUAUCCUCUACAAGGCUAAGAAAACAUUUAGCCACCUUAUCACAAAUUUUUAGCAUGUCUGAAAAUGAUAUGGAGCAGCUGGCUACAUUCAUGGGCCAUACUAAUGAAGUACAUAAAAAGUCUUACAGGUUGCCAGAUGACGUAUACCAAACUGCUAAGAUAUCAAAGCUUCUUAUUCUUAUGGAAGAUGGAAAAGCAGACGCGUACAAAGGAAAAUCUCUCGAAGAGAUUGAUCUAGAUUUGAAUGAGGAGUUAAUUGAAGAGCCCGUGGACAACAACGAAAUUAUAGACUAUGAUCCUGAACCUGAACCUACUUUAGAUGCUAAUUCUGACUUAUCUCAGGCUGGACCAUCUGGUAUGCAAAAUGUUUCCCAACAACUUCUUAAUGAAACCGGGUUUCAAUUACGUAACGAAAAUAAAAUACGAAAAGGAAAAAAAAGGACGUUGGUACCUUGGACAAAGGAACAAAAGGACGUAGUUACAAAAUACUUUAAAUUUCACAUAAAAAAUCACCAACCGCCUAAAAGAAACGAAUGUGAGAAACUAAAAGAACAACGUGUAGAUUUACUUAAGAAUAAAGACUGGCUAAAAAUAAAGGUAUUCGUCCAAAAUAUUUACUCUAAGGCUAAGAAAUGAGAGAAGAAAAUUUAUGUUUUAAAAUAGUAUGAUUUGUUUCAAAUAUUUUUACUUUGUUAAUGCAUACCAAUGGUUAAGAUAUUUAAUGUUUGAAUUGAUUAUUAUUACACGGUUUCUGAGGUCCGUAUCAGUUGUUUAUUUAUUCUUUAACUUUAUCCGAUGUUUAGCUGUCAUUAAACUCUGUUUAAAAUCGAUUUUACUGGCAUAACUGCAAUUACAGUAGCAAAUGCCUAUAAAUCAUUUUUAAACAAAGGACUUAAUAAAGAAUAAAAAGGUUGUCUGUUUAUCGAAUUAAUAAUUUUAAUAUAGAGAUAUCUAACAGCACCUCAGACACGGGCAUGAGACUUUUAGUUGUAGCCACUGAUUAAUUUUAAUUAUAAUAUAAAAAUACAUGUUCCAUUGUAAUGAAGACUGAUUGAUGUUCAUAUUUAAGUUUAUUUUGUUAUUAGGCAAAGGCAGAGCCCAUUUAUGUUUCAUUAUUUAGUAUCACUAAAAUUGUUUAAAUGUUUUGAUUUUUAUGUUUAUGAUGACUUUUAUUUUUACAAGAAUGAUUGGGUUGAUAAAAACCAUACUGAUUUAUUUUAAUUAUAAUAUGUAUAAAAAUACAUGUUCCAUUGUAAUGAAGACUGAUUGAUGUUCAUAAUUCAGUUUAUUUAAUUACUAGGCAAGGCAGAGCAAAUUUAUGAUUUUUAUUAA